ACGUAGUUUUGUUGAAAUAAUGAGGAGUUGAUUACCUGAUAGGAAUACAUAAAUGUUUUACACGUGAAGCGAGUGUUAAAGCCGUGUGUUUAUUGCCCUCCUUCGAACCUUAUGUGUUUUGUACGAUAGAAAGUAUUUUAUGAAAACAAUAAAAUUUACGAGACGGAACAGUUUAAAGUGCAAAGUUUUUUGUAAGGUUGUUCGAUUCAAGUGAUUGAUACAACAGUGUAAAUUGCGUAUCUAAACAUAGCUUUCUAGUGAUCACUUUAUGCCUAGGAGGAAUGUAAUUUUCAUUUAAGAUAUUUUUUUAAUCACAGUUUGACUUAGAAGUUACCAAAUGUAGUGACUUAUGUUGACAAAAUUAUAUUGUAAACUUGAGCAUUGUGAAUGAUUUUGAUGAAGUUUAGAGAUCGUCACUCCUUCCUUACAAAAUGCUUCAAGGAAGUUUAAGAUCUAAGUAUUUGACAUACUUGAGAGUAUUGAACCGAUUUCUGUUGUUUUUAUCCUUCAAACAGUUCGAUGAAUCGUACACUUUAUGAUCCAGUUGUACACUAACUGUGUCAUAACUAGCCGCCAUCAAUGUAAAACUUAACAUCAUAUAAUUAUGAUACAUAUUAUUUAUGCCUGGUGCAGUAUUAGUGACUGCAUUUUUCAUUUCCAAUUUUUUGAAAUUCCGAUCUUUUCAUACAAGUUACGAGAUCAUGCUAGAUAAUAUUUGGUCUUAAAAUUUAUGGUGUCAAAUUUUAUCUGUUCAAGUGUUUUAUCGUGGAAUGGUAACAGAUAUAUUUUCAUUAUUUCAUAAACACUAAUAGCUGUUUGAUGAAGUGUUAGGUGUCGGGGUGGUUUCAAUAAGUGUACAUGCAGUGCCUUCAUUAGACAAGAUUGUCAUAAUAGAUUUAUUGAUUAUAUAAAAUUGUCUCCGUUCCAUUGGAACUGUUUCAACUGUAGUGUCCGCUCUAUUUAAGUUAAAGCAUUCAUAAAAUGUGCGAGACGGAUUGUGAAAUGAUAUCUAUAUAUAUAUCGUUCGAACACAGUUUUAUGUAAAUAUUUUAAUACUUCAAUUAGGGAAAUAUGGAACAAGUGUCAAAUUUUGUAAACAUUUUGUCUAAAAAGUGUAGAUUACUGUUUAUACUUUCAAUGCCGUAGUACGUUUCUUUUACACUAAGACUUGAUGUUGUGAUAAGAUAUAUAUUUUUUAUUAAAUGUCAAUUAUCGUGUUAUUGUAGUAGUCGGACAUUUUCUUUUUAAUGUAAUGGCGACAUUUUAAAUAGAUAAGCAUUUAAAAAUACACGAUUACAGUUGUUUAUUAUUAAUGUUCAAGUGUCAUCUAGAGAAACAAUUUGAAAUAUGUAAAUAAACUGAUGAUCAGGAUCGAGUGACUGAAAGGGAAGUAUGUUGCAAAUACAAUGGAGGUUUAUAUUAGUACUCCGCAUUGGAUAUAAAAAAUCAUACGGGUCAUGAAGUGAAAUGAAAGCGGACACCAGUAAAUUGUCAUGUUUAUCAAAUAUUAAAUCAGGAAUUCCAGUGAAAUAAAAUUUCACCGAACAAUAAUAAACUUAAAGAUGGAUUGUUGUUCUGCCUGGAUGACAUACCGUUUCACGGUUAAUCUACCUCAUAACCAAAAGAAAGUGCUAAGGAUUAGUCCAAAGUUAACACUUGCUGAAGUUCGCCAGCUUAUAUGCAAAGAGAAGAAUUUCGACCCAUCACGAUACGUGUUCUUGUUGCCAAGCAACCCAAACAACUCCCUCGACGACUCUGUGACUGUUGGAGAUCUAAAAUCCAGUGAAAUUAACUUUGUUUCAAUUGGUAUGAUAGAAGCAGCUAGUUCAAGAUCGAUGCCUGACCUAGCAUUUGCAGCAGCACGAUCAAAUAAAGAGGCCAGUGGAACAAGAGAUGAUUCUCCAUAUAUGCCGUCUGCCGGUGAGAAAAAAGCUAAACGUGGCUUCCUAUCUUUCCUUGGGAAGAAAGACAAAAAAUUCAAACCUCAACAGCAUGACAUGGAGAUUGAGGUACAGAGCCGACCUAAGAAGUCUGAAAGUUUUAACACACGACCAGGACGUGAUGCUGAAAGCAAGCAGGGUCGUCCAAAGACAAUGUAUGAUCAAUCAAGUGAACUCGAUCAUUUUGGACUACGAAGAACGACCGGAGAUUUACAUAAAUUUUCAGACAAUGCAGAAUUUCGUAAAAGUACAGGUUCAACUUUGAUGGCUGUGAAUGAAAAUAGUGUUCUUUCGACAAAAAGUGAUACUUUACCGCAGGAGGUAAAUUCCUCGAAACAAAACAAAAGACUAAGCGCAUCUGGCGCACCUCCGAAAAAGAGUGCCAAAAAACGCGCAGCGCCUCCCCCUCCACAAAUGAACAAAGCACAGCCUCGAACUGUUCAAGUGGAAAUAGAUGUGCAUUCUAAACUACCAGAGGAGAAUACAAUAGAAAUACCUACUGAACGUGUUCACUCAAAGAAAAAUCAUUCUAGGAAUAGUUCGGAUUCUAGUGGAUAUCAUGAACUUACAGUCAGCGGUGCCGAGUCACCAGACGCGAACAAAAACGAUAACUUACAGACGACCAUAGAUACAACGUCAAUAGACAGUGCUGAUCAUUUUAAUGGUGACAGUGGAAUUAGGGAUAUGUCACCAGUUAAUCGUAGAAGUGCAAGUAAAGGUACCAAAGAAGGUUCACGAGACUCGAGCUUAGAUAUUGACAAACCGUUAGGUAGAAAGAAGAAACGUGCUCCAUUACCACCACCAGGAAUGACAGAAGGUAGUGUAGAGACUAGUGAGUCUAAAAUAUCACCACGAGGUACUCCACGGGCAGGUACUGAAAAUCAUGCAGAAAAAGCGGAGGAAUUUGAAGCAUUACAAGCUAUGGAAGAAGUUACAAUGAAGUUUAACAUUGACGACUCAGAUGAAGACGAGGAUCUGAGAAUGGUCGAGAACUCCUCGAUACACAGCGAGGAUAUUGAUGUUGAUGUGUCACAUAGACAGAGACCGCCCACAUUUAUAGCCCCGCCUCCUCCAACAGAACCGCCUCCAGAUGAUAUGGAACCAGUCAAUAUAAACAUGGUCGUGAACCAAGUGGAUAAAAUUGAUAUUGGUGUUGGUGAAGACACGACUAGCUCAGGCCCUAACAGUGCAAAGAGUUCACCUAUGUCAAUUCGACGAGGAGGUAGCAGAUCAAGUAAUUCCUCGAUUAACACCCUCGAGGACUUGAGUCUCGCUUUUGCACAAACUAUAGAGGCGGGGGAGGAAGCACUAGGCAUUGAUUCAGAUAAUGAUAGUGUUAAAGAAGAGCUGAAGAGAUCAAUGCCCGAGUUUAAAGAAAGUAUUUCCAAACUGACACAAGAUGGCGCUGAAGACAGUGAGCCGUCAAGUAGGUCACAGGUGUCGGAACAGGCGGAGGAUAGCGAUCAUUCUUUCAUCAUACAUGAUGACGAUGCAGAAGUUACAACAAAGGCGUCUCAGGGUAAUCGAGAAUCGUCAGAGAUUACCUAUGAGUUCACAAUAGAUGCAGUACCAGCUGAUUUCCAGAACAAUGAAGGUGAAGAGGAAGACCAAGGUGUCAUGUUUGAGGAAACCGUAAUUUUACCAGCUGAUCCUAGAGUUUUCGAGCUGGACAGCCCUCGAAGAAUUCCUGACCUUGAUUCACCAAAGGAACAUAAAGUUCUUUCUCUUCCAGAUUAUGAGGAGAUUCCAAUUGAUACAAAUGUGAAAAUCUCUGAUGAUGAAAGUGACGUUGAUGAAAAGCCUGCGGAAGAAGAAAAGCCGAAAGAAAAAGAGGAGUUUGUACUCACUUUUGACGAGUUGUCAAAUGUUGACUUCAGUGCAUCAAAUCCAAAUGAACAAAGGAAACAGCGGAGUGAUUCCAGUGACGUGCCAAAGGUUAAUUAUAGAAUAGAGUUUCGUAGUUCUGCAGAUUUAGAUUAUGAGGCUGAGGACUUAAUUAAAGCUGUCCCAGCAACUGUUGUCAAUGAGGAACCAGUGUUCAGUGAUAAACUUGAAAACUCUGAUUAUGACAGUGGUGCAAAAACAAAGUGUUCAGAACUGAGUUUCUCACCAAACUAUGAAGGGGAGGCAGAGCACAUGCUGGAGGAAAAAUCUAUUUCCAUGAUAAAUCUUCCAGCUGAAAGAACUCCAGUUAAAAAUUCAGGUAGUGAUAUAAGUGGUGCUCCAUCAGAUACAUAUGCUUCUUCCACAAAAAUAUUGUUGUCUGGUUCACCAGCCACAUCUUCGCAUGAAACAACUCCUAGAAAAGAUGAUAGUUUCGAUUCAAACAAUCUUAUGCAAGCACAAUAUAAUCAGAUGCAACAACAGUUUUCUAUGUGGCAGAAUCAGCUUGUUCAGAAUCAAAAACUUUUAGCUUCCCAGGGUGCUUCAGAAAUUUCGACCAAUCAAAUGGCAGGAAAGGACGACCAAUCAAAUUUACAGUUACAACAGCUGCAGUUGCAGAUUCAAAUGCAGCAACAAAUGAUGUUACAAUUGCAACAGAGCAUGCAGGCUUUAGCCUUACAAAACACUCUCCAAACAUUCCCACAAACCAUUAAUCAACCUCUUGUUGCCACGGGAACAUUCCAAACCCAACAAACACCUCCUAGCACACAAAUUUUUACAAAAGACAAUGAAAAAUACAGACCAUCUUCCCCGGAGGAAGAUAGGGGUCAUAUUAAGGUGCUAAGUACUUCAGAACCUCCUGCAGCUCCUGCCGCCCCUCCUCCACCUCCGUCAGUUGUAACCUCAAAACCAAAAUCUUCCAAAGCAGACGCAAAAUAUUCGAAACCCAAGCAGAAGAGAUUUGAGCGGGAAUUAGAUCCGAGAGAACAACUGAUGUUAGAAAUCAGAAACUUUGGCAAAAAACAUCUACAUAAGCCAUCAUAUCACAGGUUCCUGUCAAAGCGACGCACUGGCAUAAAUGAUGAAGAACCAAUCUUUGUGUGAUCUACACUAAAUCAUAAGACUUAAUGUUGGUCAUGUUACCAUGUGUCUGCAUUUUAACGAUGUGUUGAUCAUGUGACUAUGCAAUGAGUAAGUCAUGUGACCAUGCAAUGAGCCAGUCAUGUGACUAUGAAGUGAGUCAUAUAUCCAUCUAUGUGACACAUGACAUUGUAUGUCAUAAGAACACAUACAUUUUAAAAAAAAAAUAUUAAACUAUCAUGUGACCCAACUGAAUGUCAUGUGACCUACCUUUUAACAAGAAGUAUUGCUAUGUACUAUGGAUUAUUCCCGCAUAAAAGCCACCAGAAGAAAAUCAUUGAAGGACGUUGAAAUACGGUGGAGAAAGAUAGGUUGUGAAUAUAGGCCAGUAUAUUGUCAGAAUAAAAUAUAUUCAUUAUAUUCAAUCAAGAAUUUAAGAUAAUACAUGUAAAUGUGAAAAAAUAUUUGUGAAGAACUUGGAACACAAGUACCCGUAUGAAAACAUUUAUCCAGAAAAUUGUGAAGAAUUUUGAAUCUGUGAUGACAUAACUUAAGCAGAACUCAGCAAAAGUAUAAGUGUAUCGACAGAAAAUUCUGAAACUAAUAUGAAAGAAAAUUGGCGAUAAAAUUUGUGAAAAAGUUUAAUAAUGAAUCUUAUUGAAUGGAGUUAAAUAUAGAUCGUCAAGGAAACUAAAGGUCAAGUUAAGGUCACAUCGAAAAAUAUAAUCAUAUCAUAGACUGUUCUACAUUCAGUGGAUUCAUAUCAUAACAUUAUACAUGUACCCAUAUCAUAUCAAGUAUAUCACAUUAACAGUAACAUUUUGUUAUUAUACAAAAAUUACGGACCAAUAAUACUUAUAAACUGCAUUCCAGUUUUGUAAAUGGCAUGGAAAAAGAUAAUUUUUGUGUCUUUUUUAACUUUAUGUACUUUUUGUAAAGGUUUUGCCAAGAAAGUCAUUAUUCUAUUUUAUGAAAUGUGUUGGAAUUUUGCAAAAAAAAAUUCAUGGUAUCAAAACAGAUCAGAAAUAAUUUUCAUUAAAUUUAUAUUUUUGUUAUUUCACUAGACUUGCUAAAUUGGAUUACUUUGUAUUGCCAAUUUAGUUGCAAACAAGGGAUAUAAAUGGACUGUCUGUUCGUAUUUCUUUAGGUUUAGAACAGACAUAAUUUUCUUUUUUUUUCUCAGAGACGGUCAUCCCUGAAUUGUAAAUAUAUAAGAAACAAAAUGACUACCUUUACUUGAUACCUUAACAAACUAUUGCCCUUACAUUCCUGUUUUGGCAAACUUUUUUAUACAUAAUUAUAUAUAUUUUUGUAAUUUCUGGAACAAAGAAUAACCUUAUUGUUUGUUCCAGAUAAUGUUGACAUUUUUUUUUAAUGUUUAAAAAAAAAUUGUUUGUUAACAAAUUUUAAAUGUGCAAUGAAACUGUAUAAGUUGUUACUAACUUGUUAAUACGUUAUAUUUUGUAUACAACUCAUUUUGUACAUAGAUUUAUAUGAAAUUACAAAACACUAUGCAUAUUUAUAAAUAUAUAUAUUAUAUAGAAAAAUAAAGUUUAUUAUAAUAAUCAUGAAAAAAAAAAUCAAUUAAUCAAAUCAAGAAAAAAAUCUCUAUAUUCAUGAAUAUUUUAAUGAUGAUUAUUCGAUUUUAAUUUGUACCUUUGUUCACAAGGGUCUGUGAUUAUCUAUCCAGACCUUAUUUACUCAAUUCUUACUAAAGGGUACCUUUUUAUUGUACAUGUAUAAAUGUUCUGGAAUAAACAAGAUUCUAAUUUAUGUCAAGGUUAAUUUUACUUUAUGAAAAUAAUUGGGGAAUGUAAUUAAUAAAGUAUCUUUGUUUUAAGUUUAAAAGAAAUCAGAUAAUUUCGCUUCAAGUCCAUUCUUUAGAGUUUGAUACCAAAUAAAGAUAUUUUUGUAAAGAACUUAUAGAAUAUAAGAAACUGCCGUAGCCUUGUAUUCAAGCAAUUUUGCAUUCUGUCAUUUGUAAAAAAUGAAAUGAGUUGUAAAGCCAUAUUGUUUAAACAAUUCUUUUUCUGUCUUUUUAUCAGUAUUGAACGGUCUUUAAUUCAUAUAAAACUAUUAUUAAUAUACAAAUAUGUAUACCAUUUCCGAGUAUAGAAUUGUAGGUUUACAAAAUACUUAUCCCAAAGCAGAUUGAUUUUAAUAUUAAAGAUAGACUAACAAAUUAUCAUAUAUAUUGUAUAAUUUUAUGCCAUGUGCAUUCAGAAAUAGAUACAUGUAUUUAAAAUAAUGACAUUUCUUUUUACAGGAAUCAAAAUGUGCUUUUAUUGGUAGAUUUUAUUUUUAAUCCAUUUUUGUAUUAAAGAUUUAACCAAUAUAAUAUUCAUGCAGGCCAGUGUAAGUAAAAUAUUUAUAAAAUGAUAUUACAUAACUAUAUGUUAAAUAAAUAUCAAGAUUUAAUAAGAAGAUAUAAAUAUAUGUAUAUUUUUCUCCCAAAUGAUAUAGAAUAUAUACUCAAAAAAAGAAAGUUCUGUGUUUGGACAUGGCUUUAAUUGAAAUCGUGGUGCGGAUUUGAAAUUUUUGUUUUAAGUUUAUUGAUUACAUGUAUUUUCAAAUAGAAUUUCUAGCAUCUUAAAAAUAUAAAAUUGUUACAAUUAACAUCCAAAAUAGAAAUUAUUUCAAGUGGAUUUAAGAAUUUUUUUAAGUUAAUUGUAAUGAAAAGAAAUGUUAGCUUAUUAGUUUCAAACAAGUUUUUUAAGUCCAUAAAUCACCUUUGCUAAAGUGAGUUUAUAGUAAGGCUGAAACUAUUUGCCUAUAAAAGCUGGGCAUUUCAAAUUAGAUAUUGGAUGGGAUGGAGUGACUUAUUUUAUCCCUCCAAGUUGGCUUAGAGCUAGCUAACUGGUAGGUUAAUAUUCCAAAAUAUACGAAACUAAACUAACUUCAGAAACAGAAUUGAGAAGUUUACACAUUAAAAAUUUUCUGAUGAUUUCAUGUUACAGAAAAAAAAAAACAACAGAAAUUUUA